UUGUUCAAAUCCUCAAAUUAUCUUAAUUUGAAAGUUCAUCGAUGGCAUUGACCUUGUAUUUUUACAACAAAAACCUUCAAUUGAAAUGAAAACAAUGUAGAGUGGUCGACAUGCGCAAGGCAUGUUUUAUUGCAAGACGGCGGCAAUUUUUGAAGUGUUUUGUUGUGAUUAUUUUAAUUUACAUUUUGUUCAAAGUCCAAAACUCUAUAUGGAGAGAGGAAUCUGUGUUGGAAACUGAGUUACCUACAUUAGUCAUACAACGUGGAAAUGAUCAUUACUUCAAGCGCAAUAUCAAACUGAGUUUACAAACUUACACCAGAAAUAGAUUUCCGUGGGAAGAGAGAAAGCAAAAAACGAAAUCUUUAAAUUCACUGGCGUCACACGGUCGACUUAACGUUCAUAUCUGGCAGGAUAUAUGUGGAAUUGAUCUUAGAAAUUUAAAAAUCAUUUUAUUUCCAAAAUAUCCUUCAAGACGAUUUUAUGUCAAUGACACAAAAUUCUCCCAUGCAUUGGGAAAUUUUCAUUUUGGUGAAAAGAUAUUUGGUUACAUAGUUACUAAGACCACUGGAGACCACGUGUUUCAAAUUCAAGGUGAUUCUGUUGAAUUCUGGCUUGGUAAAAACUCAAAACCAUCAUCUUCCAGAUUGGUGUAUUCAGGCAAUCAGAAUUUCCAUACUAGAACCUUUGACUUGCUAUUGAUGGCUAAGACGAAAUACUAUUUUGAAUUGUUGCAUAAGAAAUCUGAUAAGGAAGAUAAUUUUAAACUCCUUUGGAAGACUCCAGGGGCAUCAACAUUUGUGGAGAUUAGCGGGUACAAUAUUGCCACAAUCUUGUCAGACAUUUAUUUGCAAGAUGGUGAAAUUGAUAAUUAUAGCGAGGAGUUGAAUGUUGCUGUCAUUCAUAAGAAACAAAAAUUUCCAAUGUUAAAUAAAGAUGAAAAAUAUCGUAAUAACUUGUAUAAACUACCUAUCAUACCAAAUGAAGCUUUGAAAAAUGUCCUACCCAGCUGUGAGUAUUCUCCAAGUUAUAUUGUACAUCAUCAAUUAAAAAACUACAAAGGUGUAUGGGAAACACAUUAUAAUUCACUGUACCCAGUUGAUGACACAAAUGUAACUCGCAAUGGUUGGAUUUGUCUUGGAAAUGAUCCAAUCAGAGAGAAUGAGGCACUUGACAUUGUUAAAAUGUAUAUGAAUUAUUUCCAGAAAGCUUGUAGCAGGUGCUACAAAUUGAGGAGGAUUCUUAGUGUGGAGAAGAACCAUGACCCUGUUAAUGGUGAUCGCUAUCUCCUUGAACUUGAGGUCACAGAUGAUAAAAAUGUUUCCACUUUCAGGCUCUCUGAAUACAUCUACAAAAGUAAUAAAAAAAGUGGCAUUUGUUCACCAGUGGGCUAUAAAUGGAACAGAAAUGCUACUGUAAAUAUUGUGUUGACAGUUGGCGGUAGACAGGGACGAUGGCUGCAACAUUUUAUUAAUAAUCUUGAAGAGAUAUAUCAAGAAACCAAAGAUGAAUUCCUAAAUGUUAUCAUUAUUGAUUUUCACACUAAAGAUAUCGAUAUCAAACAUGCUUUGGAAAAGAGUCGAUUAUACCGAUAUGUAUUGCUCCACAUGAAGUCUAAAUUUCAUAAAUCAAUUGGUUUGCAGUAUGCCAUGACUGUGGUGACAAAUCCAAAUGAUAUUGUAUUUGUGUGUGAUUUACACUUGUCCAUGCCUGUCACUAUCGUUGAUCAUAUACGUAAGCAUUGUAUUCAGGGGAAAACCACAUUUAAUGCACUUUUGAUUCGUCUGGACUGUGGUUAUACUGUGAAUCAUCCCAAUGGGCGCUGGGAACACGAUGGAUAUGGACUUAUAGCAAUGUACAAGUCAGAUUGGGAUAGAAUUGGUGGCAUGGACGUGGAACGAUUUAGGCAUGCCUGGGGUGGUGAAGACUGGGACCUAGUAGAUAAAAUCUUAUCAGCCGGCCUGGAAAUAGAACGCUUGAAGGUGCUUAACUUUUUUCAUUUUUAUCACACAAAAAAGGGAAUGUGGAAAGAUUCGGAACAAAAGUUGCCAUGAAAAUUUAUUGUCGCAUCAAGAUUGAAAAUUCUUUAAAAGGGACAACAUAUAAUACCGGCUGCUAGUUGAAUAAAAAAAAUAAAAAAUGUUUUGUAAUAAUAUUUUUCAAUCCGAUUCAUUCCUUUGAUGUGUGAAGAACUAGAUGGUCAGCCUUCGUUUAUCAUUGAAGACCUUAUAUUUUUAAUGUCUGUCACUAUGCUAAGCCCACACGUGCAUAAAAUAUUGUUAGCUACGUUGAUUCAAGCACGAAAGAUUUUCCUCCAUUGGAAAUGUAAUGCACAAGUGAGAUUAGCACAGUGAUCGGGCUUCGAAAUUUUACAAUAGCUUAAUUUCUAAACGUCAUUUUUAUGUACACCUUGUAGAAUGCUAAUUAGAAGAAAUCAAAUGUUAACUUUGGCUAAUAAACACAAUAAGAAAAAAUGAGA